AAUUUUUUUGUUUUUCUACCCCAAGCAAACGUGUUUAAUUUUCAUUUAACUCUCCUGUAAUGCUGCCCAAAACACCCAAGCCCGCCAUUUGGAAAUUCAUCAAGGGUAGUGCCAAGACAUUAUUCGUGCUGGAGGCAGUGUGCUUUGCAGCCAGCUACGGUGUCUAUUACCGCAUGAACACAAAUCGAGAGUUUCGGCAACACAUCCACGAGAACUAUCCGUUCGUGCUUGAUUAUUAUUAUAAGAUCGGCGAACUCGUUGGAGAUAGUAAGGUGCGGCAGACGGACGCCACUUACUGGAGUGCCCAGAAGAAGAGCGACUAG